CGUCAGCUCCGCUCGGCGCGCCCGGCGCGGUCUCUCGUCAAAGCACAGUGUGCAGUACGCACAGCAUCCGCGACCCGACGAGCAGUCGUCCAGAGCGGCGAGGCCGAUUGUCUAUCGAUUCAGUCGACCGCCGCCGAGGAAAACGCGAUGCCGUCCGUCGCCACCGCCGCCGGCGACGGAGACGAUCAUCUCCACCCCCACCACAUCAACAACAACAACAACAACAACAAUAACAGUAACAACAACAGUAAUAACCACAACAGCAGCAGCAGCAGCAGCAAAAGGUUCCGGGGACGGCGCCGCCGCCGGGGUUGCGCGCAGCUGACGUCGUCACUGCCGCUGUUGUUGUUGUCGGCCGUCGGGUGUCUGUGCAAUCCGGACGCCAAGCGGCUGUACGACGACCUGCUCAGCAACUACAACCGGCUCAUCCGGCCGGUCAGCAACAACACCGACACCGUUCUGGUCAAGUUGGGCCUCAGGCUGUCGCAGCUCAUCGAGUUGAAUCUCAAGGAUCAAAUUUUAACGACAAACGUAUGGCUGGAACACGAAUGGGCGGAUCACAAAUUUAUAUGGGAACCACUAGAAUAUGGAGGUGUCAAAGAGCUUUACGUGCCAUCUGAGCAUAUUUGGUUACCGGAUAUCGUCCUUUACAAUAAUGCUGACGGCGAAUACGUGGUUACUACUAUGACAAAGGCUGUGCUUCAUUACUCGGGUAAAGUAAUGUGGACACCACCAGCAAUCUUCAAAUCAUCGUGCGAAAUUGAUGUUCGCUAUUUCCCAUUUGAUCAACAAACAUGUUUUAUGAAAUUUGGUUCAUGGUCAUAUGAUGGAAACCAGAUAAACCUCAAGCACAUAGGCCAGUUGGUUGGAACUAACAAAGUGGACGUGGGCAUCGAUCUGUCUGCAUACUAUCCGAGCGUGGAAUGGGACAUUCUCGGCGUGCCGGCGGAGAGACACGAAAAGUACUACUCGUGUUGCGUGGAACCUUAUAUCGACAUAUUCUUCAACAUAACUCUGAGGCGGAGGACCCUGUUCUACACCGUCAACCUUAUCGUGCCCUGCGUGGGCAUAUCUUAUCUGUCAGUGCUGGUGUUCUACUUGCCCGCCGAUUCCAAGGAGAAGAUUUCACUGUGCAUCACGAUCCUCCUGUCCCAAACCAUGUUUUUCUUGCUCAUAUCCGAAAUCAUUCCGUCGACGUCGCUGUCGCUACCGCUGCUAGGAAAAUACCUGUUGUUCACUAUGCUUUUGGUCGCCUUGUGCGUGGUCGUCACCAUAAUCAUCAUAAAUAUACAUUACAGGCAACCGAGUACGCACAAAAUACCAUCGUGGAUGCGGACGGUGUUCAUCAGAGCACUUCCGAAAAUGUUACUUAUGAGGGUACCCGAACAGCUGUUGGCAGAUUCGGCGCUGAAACAGAAACAUAUGAAAACUUGCAAAAAAUUAAACCUUAAUUUGGCCAGGUUGAACGCGGCCAGUGUGGGCGCCACGUUGAACGUGCCUCCGGCGCCCGUCGCUUCGCCGCCUGCCGGCCACCGUUCGCCCACCGAAUCCCUUCGACGGUUCGUGUCGGCCACCGGGCGGACCGGUUGCAACGGAACGGCGGCGGCCGGGGCGGCCUCCCGGCUGAUGAACGUGGCCGUGUCGUCCAUCGACGAUGCGCUCAACGAUGUGCCGGCCGCCAUCAGGAAGAAGUAUCCGUUCGAGCUGGAGAAAGCAAUUCACAACGUUAAGUUCAUACAGCACCACUUGCAGCGCCAGGACGAAUACAACACGGAAGAUCAAGACUGGGGCUUCGUGGCUAUGGUGCUCGAUCGACUAUUCUUAUGGAUAUUCACGGUUGCCUCCAUUAUGGGUACAAUUCUUAUCCUGUGUGAAGCACCGGCGCUCUACGACGACACGAAACCAAUUGAUCGGGAUCUAUCAUUCAUCGCUAGAAAACAAUUUUCCCCAACGUCCGAUCUGGAGUAGUCCGUAUGGCAUUAGAUUCUAAUUUUCGUGUGCAAACGAAAAUUAUUAUGAUAUGAAAACAGUAAGACAGAGAUGGACCAUCUCGAUGUUGAACGGUUAAUAAUUAUUUUAACGAAUCGUUAAAUGCAACAUUAUUGUUAAAAUGUCUAAAGUUUCAGGUUAUGGAUUUUUUAUCGUUAAAAUAUAUUUUGCACCAAUUAAAGUUGUCAGUAAAAUUAUAUUAUAAUGGAUGUUGUUUACAAAUAAAACAUUAAACGCUUUUUAAUAGCGCAGAACUAAAAAUGAAUACAACGUUACGUUUAGAUAAAACAAUUCAUUAUUUUUUUUAAUUUUAAAUUCAAUCACACAUUUUCAUAUUGAUUUUGUUAUAUAUUUUUUAAAACGUUUGUAGCAAUAAUAGAUAAUUUGUUUAUUUAAAUAAAUAUUAUACACUGACAGAUUUUUAAAAAAUAUUUCCAUGUUAUUGUACAUAAAAUAAAAUACAAUCGUUGUAAGUAUUAAAUAAUGUACACGCAGUACACAACAAAAAAAUUGUUAUUUCUAAGUAAUCAUAUUAUGCAAAACACGGAAAAAUACUUGUUGAGAAUACGAUAUAGGUAGGUAUAGCUGUAAUAUUUAUGUACACUAUCCACAAACAAUUUAUAGUUUCAACAGGUUUUAUGCGGAUUUUAACGUUUCAUUUUUUUCCGUACUAAUAAAGCUUACAAUUUGAACGGUACUUACGUUUAAAAUUAUGAACGAUAGACAUUUAUAUAGAUUAUAUAUUGAUGCUUAUACUCCACAACGUGAAAAUUAAUUUAUAAAUUGCUCACUAUACGUACAACAAUAUUUUCACAGUAAAAUACAUCGAUUUAAGCGACCUCAAUAAAUACUGCAAUCUUAUAAUCAUCAUAAAUGUGUUUAUAAAAAUAUAAUUUUGCGAAAUUUUAACAUCGUAUUUUCCAUUUUAUUCUACCAACUACUGUUCUUAAGUCCAGAUUACGACUUAUCGUAUCUGUAUUCAUUUUUUUUUUAAUCUACAUCAGAAACAUACACAAUAUCUUGAAAUAGAUAACUUUUAUUUAUUUAUAAGUCCCCAUUAAUUUAAAUCAAGCAUACAACUUGUACGAUUCGUAUUUUAAUUUUACUUUAAUGUACUUAGUUUAAUAGUUUAAUUUUUUUUAUACAACGUAUAUAUAUAUAUAUAUAUAUAAUAAUAAACAAUGGAUACGCAGACUAAGAGGCUUCAAUAAAAAAUAUCGAUUUAAAAAAUUAAUUUACGUACAAGUUUGACGCGAUUUCGUAGUAAAAUGGAGUCAUUAUAGUGAAUAUAAAUAUUUUAGAAUCCUUCAACGGGAGAGAAACGUUUUUUUUUUUUUUUUUAAUUAGAACAAAGUGUGCAACAUGUACACAUUAAUGUCAAGUUAAUAUUUUAUAAUAAGAAUAAAGAAAAAAAAAUGAAAAUUCGUUCCGCGUAAUAGCAUUAUCACAAUGACAAGCUUGUAUAUGGUGCUUAAUGGACUAAUAUCGUAGCUAGGUAUCUACUUAAAAAUAAAAUAUUAUUAUCGAUACGGUAAAAGGUCAUGAUCAAAAUUCGCAAAGUCGUAUUAUCAUUAAUAAUUAUAGUGCCUACAACUAUCAUCGUGACUUAAUAUCCUUCUAGUCGAAUUAGGUAAAACUAUGAUAAUCGUCUGCGGCGUUCGUUCGAUCGAUUUACAUAUUUAAUACAGCACUUGGCCAAUCAAUAGAAAUCAGCGUUUUAAAAAAUAAUUUCGUCGCAUCCGUUUUUGGCACACGAGAAGCUCACGGACGUAUCUGACCUUCAAACUAGUUUCACACAAUGGAGUACCAACUAAGUUUUAAGUCAUAUAAAAAUUAUAAUAACAACGUUUACAAGUCCUAUACAGUUACAACGCAGUCAAAACAAUUUUUUUUUU